CUGUCAGCCCUUGGGUUCUGUGUGGGAUAAAAACUUUUCGCGCACCUCCCGAACAUUUCAUUUAAUAAAAAAAAAAGAAACCACGCAAAACCGCAGCGCUGCUGGCUGGAAGGAGCGAGAGCCUCGGCUGAGCACCACAGGCAAAACGGACGACGCCUCUGGAGAAGGAUUACAUACAUAUUUUUCCUCCCUCUUUGUAGGGAAGGGGCGAGAUUCACCUUGUGCUUUUUUUUCCUUUCCCCCUUGCCACAUCCUCAAGAAAGGAUCUUUUUUCUCCCGAAGGGUUUCCCCGCCACGUGAGGACCUGCCAACCCGUCUGGAGACAAAGGAUACAAUUUUCCGCUUUGGGGAGAAAUUUCCUGAAAGGGUUUUUUAUUUCGUUUUCGGGAGCGAUUCGGAGGAGAAGGCGGCGUCUCCUGGCGGAUUUUGGUAAUCGAAUGGACCACCAACCCACCCCCAGGAGCUGCAGCCGGGGGCCUCCAGCCUGCGACGCCGUUCAGAGCGAGCCGUCCAUGAAUGUGCUCGUUCACACGACCACCGGGGCCCGGUAUGAGCUGUCUGUGCCCGUGGAAGAGACGGUGGAAGGUCUGAAGCGGCGCUUGUCCCAGAGGCUGAAGGUCCCGCGGGAGAGGCUGGCGCUGCUGCACAAAGAAAGUCGACUUAAUUCGGGCAAACUUCAAGAUCUGGGCGUUGGAGACGGGAGCAAGUUGACUCUGGUGCCAACGGUGGAAACUGGCUUAAUGUCGCAAGCAUCCAGACCAGAGCAGUCCGUAAUGCAAGCGUUGGAAAGUUUAACAGAAACUCAGGUAAACGACUUCCUGUCUGGAAGAUCCCCUCUCACCUUGGCCCUCCGCGUCGGGGACCAUAUGAUGUUCGUUCAGCUGCAACUGGCUGCCCAGCAGAAUGGCGGACAGCUGCAGCACCGCCACCUCAUCGCCAGCCGCGGCGAACCCCCGGCCGCUGCGCCCCCGGCCGGUCCCAACUGCCCCGCUCUCCACGGGAGCGGCCACGCCCCCCACUUCGCCCGGGUCCCCGCCUCCCCGCCCGUUUGCCAGGAAAGCCCCGCCUCCCCGCCGCAGGCCCCGCCCACGUACUGUAGCUCCGCCCACCCGACGCCCGUCACCGCCGGCAUGUUCCGCUCGCACGGGGCCCAGGCGAGCGGCGGCGCAGGGAGCGCUUCGUCGUGUUCGGAGGUCGAUUGCGCCACGCGGAGCAAACCUUCACCCAGCGCCAGCCCCGCGCAGCCUUCCCGACCCCGCAAACCCGGCGCUGUGAUCGAAAGCUUUGUGAACCACGCUCCGGGUGUUUUUUCGGGGACGUUUUCUGGCACUUUGCACCCGAAUUGCCAAGACAGCAGCGGGCGGCCCCGGCGGGACAUCGGCACCAUCUUGCAGAUCCUCAACGACCUGUUGAGCGCCACGCGGCACUACCAGGGCAUGCCCCAGUCCCUGACGCAGCUGCGGUGCCAAACUCAGUGCUCGCUUUCCUCGACUUCUUCGUCGCCGUCGCCGCCCCAAUCCCCGGAUCUCGCCAGCAACACUACCUCAGAGAAAAUCGCAGCAGCUGCUAGCCACUCCUUACACUUGGGGGCUCCCUGCGCCAGUCAAGUGGCAGCGUCUAAGCCUUCCGGCGACCGGUUGCGGCAGACGGAGAACCGCGCCACCCGCUGCAAAGUGGAACGCCUGCAGCUUCUGAUGCAGCAAAAGCGGCUGCGCCGGAAAGCGCGCCGCGACGCCCGCGCCCCAUACCACUGGCUCCCCAACCGCAAGUCCAGCCGCACGAACAGCAACAGUAGCAUGUCGAGCGAAGGGAGCCUGGACCUAGACUUCGAAGACUCUGUGUGGAAACCGGAAGUCAAAGCGGACAUGAAAUCCGAAUUUGUUGUAGCAUAAAAGGAAAAACAAAAAACCAAGACCGCAGGGAGGGGAGGACGAAGAGACCGAAGUUUUUUGGGGGGGGAGGGGGCGUCGAACGGGAAACCAGGGGUGGGGAGAAAAGACCAUUUAGUAAUAAUUAAUAAUACGUUUUUGGGUCCGUGCGAGCAAAGUCCUUGGGUGCUUUGAUCCUUUUAGAAAACAAGAUACACACACACGAAAAACAACAACGUUUAUUGGAUCGCGGCAGAUGGACCAGCCCUACGGAAAUCUCCACAGGCAGAUUGGAACAGUAUUUUCUAUUCUUUUCGAAACUCUUCUUUUUUUCGUUUUGAAGUGGUUUGGGAUGGAGCGAGAAAGAGACUUUGCUUCCCAAAAGUGAACUUGAAAGGAACUUUUUAUUUUUUAAAAAUUCGGUUUUCUCUCUC